UGGUUGUUAUAGUGAUAAACUGAGGCCUUGCCUCUGGCUUCUCCGGGAGGGACAGGGGAGGGGGGGGGACCCUUUACUGUCCCCAGGGAAGACAAAAAGAAGGGAAGAAGACGGGGGAUGGGUAGAGGAGGCAAAAAUACGUGACAAAGAAAACAUUCUGUCUGCGAGGAGACUCAGAGAGUAGCGCUGGAGGGAGCGUUUGCUGGCCAUGCCAGUACUCACCACUGAUGCUGAGUCAGAAACAGGUAUCCCAAAAUCCCUUUCCAAUGAGCCUCCCUCAGAAACCAUGGAGGAAAUAGAACACACUUGCCCACAGCCUCGACUGACCCUGACUGCACCCGCCCCAUUUGCAGAUGAAACCAGCUGCCAGUGUCAAGCUCCCCACGAAAAACUGUCCAUUGCUCAGGCCCGCUUAGGAACACCAGUUGACAGGCCCGUCAGGGUGUAUGCAGAUGGAAUAUUUGACCUCUUCCAUUCAGGUCAUGCAAGGGCACUUAUGCAAGCAAAAACACUGUUCCCCAACAGCUACUUGUUGGUAGGAGUUUGCAGUGAUGACCUCACCCACAAAUUCAAAGGUUUCACUGUGAUGAACGAAGCAGAAAGAUACGAAGCUCUUAGACACUGUCGCUAUGUGGAUGAAGUCAUCAGAGAUGCUCCGUGGACACUCACACCUGAAUUUCUGGAAAAACACAAGAUUGACUUUGUGGCCCAUGAUGACAUCCCAUAUUCCUCUGCUGGCUCUGAUGAUGUUUACAAGCAUAUAAAGGAAGCAGGAAUGUUUGUCCCAACCCAGAGAACAGAAGGCAUCUCAACAUCAGACAUCAUCACCAGAAUUGUCCGUGACUAUGACGUUUAUGCUCGACGCAAUCUCCAGAGAGGGUACACAGCCAAGGAACUGAACGUCAGCUUUAUAAACGAAAAGAAGUACCGUUUCCAGAACCAAGUAGAUAAGAUGAAGGAAAAGGUAAAAAAUGUGGAAGAGAGAUCCAAGGAAUUUGUUAACAGAGUGGAAGAAAAGAGUCAUGAUCUAAUUCAAAAGUGGGAAGAAAAGUCAAGGGAAUUCAUUGGCAACUUCCUAGAACUGUUCGGACCCGAUGGAGCAUGGAAGCAGAUGUUCCAGGAGAGAAGCAGCCGGAUGCUGCAGGCCUUAUCCCCGAAGCAGAGCCCUAUGAACAGCCCAACCAGGAGCCCAACCAGGAGCCGCUCUCCUUCUCGCUCCCCAUCACCCACCUUCCCGUGGCUCCCGAACAAAACCUCACCACCCUCCUCACCCAAAGCAGCCUCAGCCUCCAUCAGCAGCAUGAGUGAAGGGGAUGAGGACGAGAAGUAA